AUGUCUCAUACCAUUUUGUUGGUACAGCCUACGAAGAGGCCAGAAGGCCGAACUUACGCUGAUUAUGAAUCAGUGAAUGAAUGCAUGGAAGGAGUCUGUAAAAUGUAUGAAGAGCAUCUGAAGAGAAUGAAUCCCACCAGUCCCUCCAUCACAUAUGACAUCAGUGAGCUGUUUGCGUUCAUUGAUGAGCUGGCAGAUCUUAGCUGCCUUGUGUACCGAGCGGACACUCAGACGUACCAGCCCUACAACAAAGAUUGGAUAAAAGAGAAGGUCUACAUGCUUCUGGGUCGGCACGCCCAACAAGCCGGCAAAUAA